ACUACCACAAUUUCCACAUGGAAAAAGAAACAUCCAUGAUACCCAUUUCCCAUAGAUAUUUUACUUUUAAUUUUGCUUUUAAUAAGUCAAGAAAAAGAAAUGCAAGUACCCAAUGAUGCCAUACUCUACGUUUCUCGGACUGAACCAAAAAAAUUGAGGUUGGUGAUGUCCCCUUUUCAUGUUCUGGGUCAUCUUUCUUCUGCCUCUUCAUCAAUCAUCAAAGACUAUUUGAAAGCUCUUACGGGUUUCUAACCUGCUGGUAUCAAAUCUUUGCUCAAUUUUCAGGAUACUAGCUAGCAAACUUGGUGCUGAGCAGCUUGUAUUUACAGGAAUUAUGGGUUUGUUCAGAGUCAGAACCUUGUGUUUUUGUCUACUCCUUGCCAUCAAAAUCUGUAUUGCUGUCAAUCAACGUGUUGGCCAGAUAUAUCCAGGAUUCCAAGCAUCUCAGACGCAGUGGGUAGAACAUGAGGGCGUAUUCCUCUUAUCCAAAAAUAAAUUAUUUGGUUUUGGCUUCUUUACUACCCUGGAUGCUAAAAGUUUUCUCUUGGUUAUCAUUCAUCUUCAACCCUUCCAACUUGUUUGGACUGCUAAUAGAGGAGCCUCGGUUGACAAAUCUGAUAAGUUUGUGUUUGACAAUAAUGGAAAUAUUUAUUUGGAAAGAGGAGAUAAGGUUGCUUGGGCGACAAACACAACAGGAGAAAGGGCGACAUCCCUGGAAUUGCUGGACUCAGGUAACUUGGUACUUCAUGGGGACAAUGGAAGAACUCUUUGGCAGAGUUUUAGCUAUCCCACUGAUACCCUUUUAUCUGGCCAGGAGUUUAUGGAAGGAAUGAGGCUUAAAAGUUUUCCCAAAAUGGAUGAGAGUGAUUAUCUUGAAUUUAAGUCUGGGAAUUUGGUUUUGUACACGGGGUUCCUGACUCCGCAAACUUAUUGGUCCUUGUUAGAUGAAAUCCAGAAAACCAGUAAAAAUUUCACCGGCAAGGUUCAUUCUGCAUGUUUAAUAUCCAACUCAUGGAACUUUUAUGAUCACGAUAAAGUCUUGUUAUGGCAGCUCAACUUCUCUCAAAAUUCUGAUGUGAAUGUCACAUGGGCUGCCAAAUUAGGAGCAGAUGGAUUGAUUGCGUUCUAUAAUCUUCAUCAGGAAAGUAGAGCAAUUGCUGAGGGAAGAAAGAUACCAGAAAACCCCUGCAACAGUCCCGACUAUUGUCCACCAUUAAUGGUGUGCUCUUUUGACACUAUAUGUCAAUGCCCUGAACUUCUGCGCCGAAACGACUGCAGACCACCAAUGCCCUCAACCUGUAAUUCAGCAGAUCUACUCUAUGUUGGUCAGAAGCUUGAUUAUUCUGUGCUUCAGUUUGUCAAGCCCUAUAUGAACUCUGAUUUAGAUGCUUGCAAGAAAGCUUGCCUUGGAAACUGCUCUUGUACUGCACUUUUCUUUGAAAACAGUACUAGGAAUUGCUUUUUGUUUGACCGCAUAGGAGGUCUGAAGCGUGCUGAGCCAGGUUCUAGUGGUUUUGUUUCAUAUGUGAAGGUCUCAAGGAAUGAAGAUGGUUGGCAAAAUCAUGCUGAAGAAGUCAGAAAAAAUGAAGCUAGGCGUGUAAUAUUUGUUGUGACAAUAGCAGUAGCAACAAGUCUGGUUAUUGCCGGUCUACUUUCUGUAGGAUUCUAUUACUACCGCAAACAGAAGAGAUUGCUCGAAAGUGCUGAAGAAAACUUGGAGGAGGAUAAUUUCCUGGACAGUUUUUCAGGGAUGCCUGUUCGAUAUACUUAUGGUGAACUGUGUAAGGCAACUAAAAACUUCUCUAAAAAGGUUGGACAGGGAGGAUUUGGCUCAGUCUACCAAGGUGUGAUGCCAGAUGGCACCCAAUUGGCUGUUAAAAAAUUGGAAGGCAUAGGACAAGGAAAGAAGGAGUUCAGAGCUGAAGUUAGGACUAUUGGAAGUAUCCAUCAUGUGCACCUGGUCAAGCUCAAAGGCUUCUGUGCCGAGGGUGUUCACCGGCUUCUUGUUUAUGAGUUCAUGGGCAAAAGAUCUCUAGAUAAAUGGAUAUUCAAGAACAAUGAAGAAAGUAGCAUUUUGGAUUGGAAUACAAGAUUUAAUAUUGCAUUGGGUACAGCAAAGGGAUUGGCUUAUCUCCAUGAGGAAUGCGAAUUGAAGAUUGUGCACUGUGACAUAAAACCUGAAAAUGUUCUUCUUGAUGAUAAUUUCAAUGCCAAAGUUUCAGAUUUUGGCUUGGCCAAGCUUAUGAGCCGUGAAGAAAGCCUGGUAUAUACAACACUAAGAGGUACAAGGGGAUACCUUGCACCAGAAUGGAUUACCAACAACCCUAUAUCGGAGAAGAGUGAUGUAUACAGCUAUGGUAUGGUCUUGCUUGAGAUAAUUGGCGGUAGGAAGAGUUAUGAUCCUGAUGAGAUUCCUGAGAAAGCUUAUUUACCUUCGUUUGUCUUCAAGAUGUUGGAAGAAGGAAAUCUUAAAGAAAUCCUUGAUCCCAAGCUAGAUGUUAACGAAAAAGAUGAAAGGUUUGUCACUACGAUAAAAGUUGCACUGUGGUGUAUACAAGAAGAAAUGCGAUUAAGACCACCAAUGACUAAAGUAGUUCAGAUGCUUGAAGGUCUCUGUGAUGUACCUCAGCCCCCAAUCUCUGCCCUCCCAGGUGUUAGGGCGUACUCAGGUUUUCUUAAAUGGAGCAGUGAUGAGGGUACAUCAUCAGGACAAACAGAGUACAAUAGUGGUGCAUUUUUGUCUGACAUUAGACUAUCAGGUCCACGGUGAGUAAAGCUAUUGUUAUACUUGGAUAUGCAUCUACGAAGUACAAAUAUUCAAGUGUAAGUUUCCAGUUUUGGCUCCGAUUCAUCGUUUAGUAGCCUUAACAUGUCCAGGUUUUUAUGAUUUUAUGGUUUGUAUGUUCUCUUCAGUAUACUUGUAAGUCCAAGAGUUGCUCUGCUUUGUAAAGAGUUGUCCUUAUAAAAGUUUAUACCUAAUGUCAUGGCACUUCUGUUUCUCUUUUGGAUUCUUAAAGAUUUAACCUGUGCAUAAUGGAAACUAGAAUUUAUUGGAUUGAGCUUUACUUGAAAAUUGAAAUACUAAAUAGGGCAUGAUCUUCAAAUAUUUGCAAUAUAUAUAACUGAGUUAAAGUCUUCUGAGUUUUUGUAUAAAGUUGUUUUUCAGCACAUAUAUUUCCUUUUCUCCCAGCCAUCAGCAUUCAAUGUUUUUCUGAGUACCGUCUCAGUCCAGAGGAACAACCACAUCUGGGGGGCAAAUGGGUUGUAGAAUCCAUCUCCCACUCAAAAUCACAUGCUGUACGUCAAACUACUUUCCACUUUUGUAUCUGCAUAUCUGCCGUUUUCCGUCUUUUUCUUCAAGGAGUUCUGCUGACCAAAAUUUAUCGCUUGCAUAUCAACCUGUAAGAUUCUUUUGCCAUCAGAGGGAAUAUGCAAUGAUAGGGUUGGUCCGAUAUCCUCUGGCUGGACCAAGCAUACAAGUCUUAAGUCUAAAACGUAAGUUGAGCUUCCUGCUCAACUGCACAGCUUUAUGUCUGCAAGCUACGAAGAUUUGCUACACUUCAAAGCUAUAGGCCACGGUAAGCCCAUUUAUUUCUUCUUCUCCUUGGCACAUUUAUGUAGUCAAAACUAUUCGUUGGUAGAUCUGGUUGUUGUAUGUUUGUCAUUAGCAAGAGUCUUCUCAAUCUUUAAUAACCUUGUUUGCCCUUUUUUUUUUUCGAAAGUAGUUAACCUCAGUUUUAGGUAAUAAUUCUGACAACUGAUGGGAUAUUUGGAAAGAUUUACCUUGUACUUCUUACCAGAUAUACCUUUCACUGUGCCCAAUGACCUUGUUGUUGAACCCCAGGUUUAACUCGGUUCAUGCAAUCAUUUUUAAGAAGUGGCACCCAACAUGGCUGAGAUUCAAAUCUCAGAGCCUGCAACCACCUUUUCUAUCCCCAAACUAUGACAUCUUUUGUACCAAAAGACUUUGUUGUUGAUUGCUCCCGCAUUAUUGACCUUGGCGUCCAGGUAUUCUUUGAAAAAUCAGAGAUUUUGGUUGUGAAAAGACUACAACUCCCUUCUACUGUUACAAACUAUGGGUGCACUAAGAGAUUGCAGCAGAAAAAGUAUGCAAA